AUGGCGCUAACCCGGAAGUCUAAUGGUCCACUUCCAUCUGUGCUAGUGGUGGAGCUCUUCCUUCAGUCAUCACGAUCUUCAGCUAUUGUGAUUGCACAAUUUUUGCAUUGGCUCCUAAGCUUCCUCGUAGGACUGAUUUUCCUUUUCAUAGAGAAACAUAUUGGGUCCUAUAGCUUACUCUUUUUCUGUCCACUUGGUUUCGCCAUCUUUGUUUAUAUAUUCAAGUUCAUUCCAGAAACCAGAAACAGAACCUUUGUGGAAAUCAGGGGGAAAGUGAACACCCGGAAUCCCAGGAGGGUACAUUUCAAGAUGCCAUCGCCCAAGUAG